AAAACUCAUCAGCGCAUUCCAUCUACCGCAGCACGACUGUGGCCACAGCUGCUGCAACUUAUCAAUACGCCUCCACCCAUCGUGCGACGCAUCGUACCGGGUGUACAGUGUGACCGGCCGUGCACACCUGAUGGACCACCGUUAAUAUGCCACUUUCACUGGAAGUUGGAAAAUUUCGCCACCAUGGGAUCUUCCUGCCGGCACUGUCGGCUCGGCUAUCGAAAGCACUGCUUCUAUCGACAGUGCAUCACGGCAAAUGGGUUGGAGCGUGGCGUUUUCACCAUCAACCGACGCAUUCCGGGACCGGCAAUUCACGUCUGCAAGCACGAUACCAUCGUGGUGGACGUUGAGAACCAGCUCGAAGGGCUCGGUUCGACGAUCCACUGGCACGGUUUCCAUCAGAAGGACAGCCCUUGGAUGGACGGUGUACCGAUGGUAACUCAAUGCCCGAUAGAUCAGGAUACGGCCUUUCGCUAUCGCUUUACCGCGGUGGAAGCCGGCACACAGUUUUACCACUCGCACACCGGCUUUCAGAAGGCGAACGGACACUACGGUAUGGUGGUCGUUCGCGACCCGAGCGAUCUCAAUCGGGGCCACUACGACUACGAUUUGUCCGACCAUCGAAUUAUCAUCGCGGACUGGACGCUGGACAUGGUGGAAAAGUGGGUACCGGGCAUCCAAACCGAUUCGAUGCGCGUCGACUCCAUCCUCAUCAAUGGCCGCGGGCGGUACUUUAAUGAAACGACCGGUACUCGAACGAAUGCCCCGUUGACCGUGUUCCAGGUGGUAUAUGGCAAACGGUACCGCUUUCGACUGAUCAGCAGCGGUAGCCAGUACUGUCCGUUUCAGCUGCAGAUACAAAAUCACAGUAUGUUAAUCAUCUCCACCGAUGGAGGAACGGUACAACCCCAGUACACCGUGGAUACGCUGGUGUCCAUCUCCGGCGAACGAUACGAUUUUGUGCUGACAGCUAACCAACCUCCGGGCAAUUACUGGGUACGUGUCCGGGCGAUCGGUUUCUGCGAUCCAAUGCGCGUUGAAGAUUUUGCCAUCCUGUCCUACCGCACAGUGGAAUCGUCCAUCCCGGACAGUGGACUGACGGUGGAACAAACGUUGGCCUAUCCGAAGGUACCGUUGCCUUCGUACGACGAACCAUUUCCGGAAGGUAUCGUGUUUAACCACCAAACCGCACCCUGCUACACACCCAACGAUACCUACAUCUGUGCCGCGGAUCUGGAAUCGUACGAGGUGUUCCGGGACAAUGCACUUAUCGACGUCGUGCCAGAUCAUACGUUUUUCCUUGGAUUUAAUGUUAUCAAAGCGAAUAAUAGUCUACUGUUCUCGGAUCGUGGUUUCAGCCAUUUUGCAACCGUCACAGAUGACUUCAACACGAUCGGUGCAACGAACAUGAUCAGCUUCGUGCCACCAUCCUUCCCAUUGCUGAUCCAACCCGAGCUGAUAGUCAACGAGACUGCACAAUUUUGCAACGUUAGCCACAAACCGGCCCAUUGCACCGAUGACCAUUUGUGCUUCUGCACUCACCGCAUGAAGGUGAAACACAACGAUGUCAUCGAGAUCGUACUGUACGAUACGGCGAAGGUGCGACAAAAGUUCUACCAUCCAUUUCAUCUCCACGGUCAUCGAUUUAUAGUGACCGAUACUGGCCGCUUUCCGAGCGACAUCCUUACGGAUCAGAUAGCAUACCUGCGGAACCUGCAAACCAUUCGGCGUCCAAACGCGCACUGUCCACCGUACAAGGAUACGAUGUCCAUACCGAACCGGGGCUACGUACGGGUACGGUUCCGUGCGGACAAUCCGGGCUUCUGGUUAGUGCACUGUCACUUUGAAUGGCAUCUUGCCAACGGUAUGGGGCUGGUGCUGCAGAUUGGUGAACCGGAUGAAAUGCUCAAACCGCCAGCCGACUUCCCCCGGUGUGGUAGCUAUCAACCACCGCUGGAGACUGUUAGUGAGCAAGGCAAUAGUGCGGUACCCUAAUGCGAUGUGAUCCUUAAUUUAUCGCCAAAAGCUAAUGUUUGAGCGUGUUCCUAGGCUAGGAAUAAAUUUUGAAUUUAUCUUCAAACAAACGUUUCUCCGUCUUGAAGCAUUUUGUGCUGCAUUCGAAAGGUUAAUGUCUUUGCCCUGUACCACGAUUAAGAGAGAUGUCUUUAUAUUGAUAUGAUUGGCAUGGGGGAGGAAUGUGAAAUAUUGUAAAUACACAGGCAUUUGUUAAUAUUACUAAUCAAAUCAUUUGAUCAGCGAAUUUCGGGUAAUGUAAGAGAUGUUGUGCUACACAAAAGAAGCGAAAAAAAAAUACCAAAACUAACAAAGGAUUUCACAACGUAUUCGUUUUGUUGUACCUUUAAAA